AUGACCGGCCCUUCCUCCGCGGGCCUCACCCUGACUCUGCGGCUGCCUGGCAACCGGGAAGAGGUGCUGAGCGUACGGGAAGAUGAUCUGGGCAGCAAGGUGUGGUCCUCGCUGAAGACGCUUGCAGCCCUCCACCGCUUCCCUGCGCCCGACCCGGCCCUCACACCUUUGAGGCGUCCAGAUGGGCAAGAGCUGUCCUUGGACCAGCCACUGCGAUGCCAGGGUCUGCCUCUGGGCUGUGAUCUCUAA